UGUUGCGAAUUGAACAAGCCCACAGGGAACGGAGACGACUCGUGUCUAAUCGGCUCCGUUACUCUCCAGCCAUGGGAGCUUUUUCAGACAGUCUCCUGAUACUGUUUCUCUCUUUGUUAUCGGCAUCAAACGUUUUCGGUUCCAACAUCUGCACCUCACAAGGAGUCACCACAUGUCAACAUUGCUUGGCUGUUCAUCCUACGUGUGCCUGGUGCUCUCAGGAGGAAUAUGGCAAGGGAGGAUCCGGUGCAUCCCGCUGCGACCUGAAGGCCAAUCUGCUGAAAGGGGGCUGCAGAAUUUCUGAUCUGGAGUUUCCCUCCAGCACCCUGAAUAUUCAGAAGGACACACCGCUCAGCGACAAGGCCUCUGGCACUGCUGAUGAUGUCACACAGAUAAGGCCUCAGAAAAUCCAUAUUGCACUAAGACCAGGAGACUCCCAGCAUUUUUCAGUGUCAGUGAAACAGGUAGAGGAUUACCCACUGGACCUCUACUAUCUGAUGGAUCUUUCGUAUUCAAUGAAGAAUGACUUGGUUCGCCUUCGCGACUUGGGCAAUGAGCUUGCCGUGACCAUGGGCCGCACCACCAGCAACCUGCGCAUGGGGUUUGGAGCCUUUGUGGACAAGACCAUCUUCCCUUACAUGUACACCCAUCCUCCAGAGGCAUUGGCAAACCCUUGCUUUGGGCAAGCCACUUGUGUGGCUCAAUUUGGGUUCAAGCAUGUGCUGUCACUGACAGAGAAGGUGGCUCGCUUCACUGAGGAGGUUAAGAAACAGCAGGUGUCUAAAAAUAGAGACGCUCCGGAGGGUGGAUUUGAUGCCAUCAUGCAGGCUGUGGUGUGCAAGGAAAGGAUUGGCUGGCGCCCAGAUGCCUCGCACCUUUUGGUGUUCACCACUGAUGACGUUACUCACAUCGCUCUGGAUGGACGUAUAGCAGGAAUUGUCCAGCCCAAUGAUGGCCUAUGCCACCUUGAUCAGGACAAUGUUUACAACAAAACUGCUGUGCUGGACUAUCCCUCCUUGGCACAGAUGACAGAGAAAAUGUCUCAAAACAACAUUAAAUUAGUUUUUGCCGUGACCAGCACAGUGGUGCCACUUUAUAAGGAGUACAGUAACCUUAUUCCAGGCUCAACUGUGGGAUUGCUGUCGGAGGACUCUGGGAAUGUUAUUCAGCUCAUUUCAGAUGCUUAUGCGAGAAUUAGCUCUAACGUGGAACUGGAGUUAGUGGGAGUUCCAGAUGAGUUGAAUCUGUCCUUCAAUGCCACUUGUCUAAAUGGAGAGGUCAUCCUUGGACUCAAGUCCUGCUCCGGCCUCAAAAUUGGAGACACAGUGUCAUUCAAUGUGGAGGCUCAGUUACGUGGCUGCCCGAUGGAGAAGAGCCGCACUUUUACUAUCAAACCUCGAGGCUUUAAGGAUUCCCUGGAGGUAACCGUUGACUUUUCCUGUGGCUGCGACUGUGAGGCGAAGGCCCUAGCCGACAGCUCCCUCUGUAGCGACGGCAACGGGACCUACGAGUGUGGCGUGUGUCAGUGUCACAAGGGCCGUCUGGGCCCAACCUGCCAGUGCUCAGUGGAGGACUACAGUCCGUCUGAUGAUGCCAACUGCAACCCAAAGCCUGGGAGCCCAAUCUGCAGCGGGAGAGGCGACUGUUUGUGUGGACAGUGCUCCUGCCAUGACAAUGAGUUCGGCCAGGUGUGGGGCAAAUUCUGCGAAUGUGACGACUUUAACUGCCUGCGCUUCAAAGGGGCACUGUGCUCCGAUCAUGGGAAGUGUGGCUGUGGCAUCUGUCAGUGUGACGCUGGAUGGAAAGGAGAUAACUGUAACUGCUCCACACAAAUAGACACCUGCAUGUCCAGGAUUGGCAUGCUGUGCAGUGGCCGGGGUUACUGUGAGUGUGGGGUUUGUCAAUGCACUCAGCCAGGCGCCUACGGAGACACCUGUGAAAAGUGCCCCACCUGUCCUGAUUCCUGUACUUUAAAAGAGAAGUGUGUUGAGUGUCAGCACUUCGAGAGAGGACAGUACACUGAAGACAACAGCUGCAGUAGAAUCUGCAAAGAUGAAAUUAAAGUAGUGGAAGAACUGGUUUUCCAUGAGAGCAAUGCAGCAGCAGUGAAUUGCUCGUACAAAGAUGAAGACGACUGUGUUGUGCACUUCCAGUAUUACGAAGAUGAAACUGGCAAAUCCAUUCUGUUUGUGAUAAAAGAACCAGAGUGUCCUCAGGGUCCAGACAUCUUGGUGGUGCUCAUGGCGGUGGCCGGAGCUAUUUUGCUACUGGGCAUCGUGGGUCUGCUCAUCUGGAAGCUGCUGGUCACCAUUCACGACCGCGGAGAGUAUGCUAAGUUUGAGGAAGAAAGAUCCAAAGCCAAAUGGGAUACGGCUAACAAUCCCUUGUACAAAGGAGCCACAUCGACCUUCACCAAUGUAGCGUACCGAGGCACUUAACGAUUCAAUGCAAUGAGGAAAACUCAGGGGUCAACGACAGAGAUGGAAUGUAGUAGCAGAGAAAUGGGAAGAUCCUUCACUGUAUCUGAAAAGUAGUUCAUGCUGUAAACAACAUGGUGUGUUAUUGUACAUAUUGUAAACAUACUUAAAACUGGUAAUGUCAGAGAUGCUGGCCUGAUUUUAGGGUUCCUGUUUUUGCCAUAUGUCAUGCAGUUUUCUGCAGAAGUGUACAUUCAGUCGUUAAGCAUUGUGGUCUUUUUACAAAGCUUUUCUAUCGUUGCGGUUAACUGGUUUUAACAAGCGUGAAGCACUCUUUGGAGUGUUUCAUGUUUGUGAUGUAUAUUGUUUUUUUUUUAAUGGGUAUCAGCAAUGGCUUCUGCAUCAUCCUCUUAUUUGUGUAUAUUGGGCUUUUUCAUUUUUCAUUUAUUUCUUCAUAAAUUGCUGAAUUGUAAACUAUUUACAUGUUUCCAUUGACCAGCACUAUUUUAAACUGCAAUGUCAUGUUGUUUAUUUGUGUAUAUAAGCAUACUUGUAUUGCACAAAAAAAUUAUAAUGGCAACAAUAUCCUCCAUAUGGAAGAAGAUUGUACAAUGUGAUGUGUAUUUAGGUUGUACAGUUCUGAUCCUCUCCUGGGACAUGACCUGCAAGAUUGCUGCAUAGUUGUCUGUGUUUUUUGUUGCACUUUUUAAGAAUGUCUGGGGUAUUGCUCUAGUUUGUUACACAGAUGGAAGGUAUAAAGAUGAACUAUACUUAACAACUUUUGUAUGAUGCCUAACAUUUUUAUUUCUUUAAACAAAUGUCCAAGCUACUUAUUCCCUUUAUUGAGUUCUGACUUACUGUACAACAUCCUUAAACACAACAUACGUAUGUUUCAGAUAGAAACAGCUUCAGGAAGACACAGAAAGCUAUUUAAAAUUGUAACAUAAAUUAGAAAGAGAUAUAUUCUUAUACAUUUUCAAAGUAUGUCUUUUUGAUUCCCAGUUGACACAGGAAUAACAAAAGAAACAAUUAAGGAUUGGUUAGCCACAUUUUUAUAUUCAAUUCAUGCAGGUUCACUAGAUGCAGGUUCACUAUGAUGUGGGUGUUAUAUUAAUAACAUGAAUUUCAGAGUGCAGAGGCAAAAUGUCCUAUGGUCACAGGCACAGCUGUGAACAUCCAAUCUAGUCAUAGAAUAUGUCCUGUAACAUGGCACACAUCAUUAAGAUUAGACUGUUAUUUCCCCUUCCUGCUCUUGUGAGUGUCAGAUCUUCAAUCUGAUAUUGUUGUCACAAAAUGUAGCACUUCCCCUCACAUCCAUCAACAUAUAUCUCUGUCACCACAUCCUGUUCAUCACACUGGCCUGAUGAGUCCAGCUAAUGUGUGCUCCAUCAAGUUGUUUUUAUACAGUUCUUUGGUGAUCCAGUCGUCCUUGGAAAUAAAACGGUACAUCACAA